AUGAGUUUCUUGCAGGGAAUCAUUGAUUCCUUUAACUCUGUUUUCUCUCCUCAAUCCUUCGAUCCCAAUUCUUCUUCUUCUUCUCAAACCAAUCUCACUGCAAUGGAAGCUUCUCCUUCUUCGAUUUCCAACGAACGCGUCGCUUAUAAGCUCAAAGGAUACUUCGAUUUGGCCACACAAGAGAUCGAUAAAGCUGUUAGGGCUGAAGAGUGGGUAUUGAUUGAUGACGCUAUUCUUCACUACAGGAAUGCUCAAAGGAUCCUUCUCGAAGCUAAUUCAACUCCUGUUCCUUCCUUCAUCACUUCUAGUGAGAAACAGAAGGUACAAUCAUAUCGUCAAAAGAUAUCAAAAUGGCAGGGACAAGUUUCUGAGAGAUUGCAGGCUCUUAAUAGACGGGCAGGCAGCUCAUUUUCCAAUCAGAGCACCUCAAACUCAAACAUUGCACAAACUGCUGCAAUUCCAUCUAAACUGUCAAAUACUACAAAAAAAGUGUUACAAAAAAAUCCUCAAAGAAAAGAUGACGUGAAUAAAGUUCCAAGCCCAAAAUCUAGUCAAACAUCUGGUGCAAAUUAUGACACAAAACUGGUUGAAAUGAUUAACACUGCCAUUGUAGACAGAAGUCCUUCUGUUCGAUGGGAUGAUGUUGGUGGCCUUGAAAAGGCAAAGCAAGCUUUAAUGGAGAUGGUGAUUUUACCAACUAAGAGAAGAGACUUGUUCACUGGUCUUCGAAGGCCAGCUAGAGGUUUGCUUCUCUUUGGUCCACCUGGUAAUGGUAAGACCAUGCUUGCCAAAGCAGUGGCAUCGGAAUCAGAAGCAACUUUUUUUAAUGUCACGGCAGCUUCUUUGACAUCAAAAUGGGUGGGUGAAGCUGAAAAGCUUGUACGAACACUAUUCAUGGUGGCAACGUCAAGACAGCCAUCUGUAAUUUUCAUUGAUGAGAUUGAUAGUAUAAUGUCAACAAGGACGGCAAAUGAAAAUGAGGCUAGCAGACGAUUAAAAUCUGAAUUUCUUAUCCAGUUUGAUGGGGUGACAUCCAAUCCUGAUGAUAUUGUGAUUGUAAUUGGUGCGACCAAUAAGCCACAGGAACUGGAUGAUGCAGUUCUUAGAAGACUGGUUAAGAGAAUAUACGUACCUUUACCAAAUGAAAAUGUUCGGAAACUUCUGCUAAAACACAAACUCAAGGGUCAAUCAUUCUCUUUACCUAGUAGAGAUCUAGAAACGCUUGUAAAAGAGACUGAAGGAUACUCUGGAAGUGAUUUGCAAGCCUUGUGUGAAGAAGCUGCAAUGAUGCCAAUUAGAGAGCUGGGUUCAAACAUUCUUACUGUCAAGGCAAAUCAGGUAAGAGGACUGAGGUAUGAGGAUUUCAAGAAAGCGAUGUCUGUUAUUAGACCAAGUUUAAACAAAAGUAAAUGGGAAGAGCUAGAGAAGUGGAACGAAGAGUUUGGCUCAAAUUGA